AUGAGAGAACCUAUUGGACCUGACCAAAGACUUGCAGUGACACUACGAUAUUUAACCACCGGUGAUGCCUAUUCAACUAUUGGCGCUAAUUAUAGAAUGAGUGCCACAACUGUUGGCAGAAUAAUCGAUGAAACGUGCAAUUCAAUUUGGAAUAGACUGAAGGAAGCAGGUUAUAUUGACACACCUUCUGGAGUUGAAGUAUGGAGAAAAAUUGCCAAUGAAUUCGAAGCUCGAUGGAAUUUUCCGAAUGCACUUGGCGCAAUUGAUGGCAAACAUGUGUUGAUGUUUGCUCCUGAUAAUCAGUCAUCCUCUUUCUUUAAUUAUAAAAAGACUCACAGUAUUGUGCUCAUGGCAGUAUGUGAUGCUCGGUACAAGUUUACUAUGGUUGAUAUAGGUGAUAGUGGACGGCAAAGUGAUGGAAGUGUUUAUGCUAACAGCAAUUUAGGUUAUGCUAUAGAAAAUAAACUCCUGAACACUCCACCUGAUUGUCAAAUUUCAAGUUCUAAUAAGGUUUUACCAUAUGUUUUUGUUGGAGAUGAUGCUUUUGGUCUAAAAAGACAUAUGAUGAAGCCAUAUCCAUUCUCCAAUCUUUCAGAAAGUCUUUCAGGUGUCGGUGUUGUUAGAGUACACGGACUUGCAGGUACCGAUAAUGGUGACAUAGAGCAAGAUAUCGGUUGA